AUGUCUAAGAUAAAGACUAAGCUGACGGCUGAUGCUUUUCGAGCUAACCAAUCCAUGCUUCCUCUAAUUCUUGCUCUGAAGAUUGUUCCAGUUGAUAAAGGUUAUCCCAUCAAGAAACCUGAUGAGGUACCUAAAGAGCCUUUGAUUCCUCCUACUUCGGAGCUAAUCAUCACUCAACUUGAGAAGGAAGAAGGAGCUUGGGAGAUCAAGUGA